CUAUGUCACAUUUAUGGUUGCACUUUCAUCUAAUCAUCGAAGCCACACUUGUAACAUUUAAACCAAACCAAAUUAUUGUGUUCCAUUUCUCCUUUGUAUUCUUCAUCCACCUUCACUAUUCUUUCUUCUUUUUGUGUCUUUAAGAAUCUUCACACACACACCACCCUUUUCAAUCGCAACGCCUUUUAACUUAUAUUUUCAUCAACCCACUUCGCCAUUCUUGUUAUUAUUUGCAAAUCACGAACCCCUUUGGGCAGAGAAGAAGGAAAGUUUGGAUCUUGGUUCGUGGGGUUGGUUUUGAAAUGGCCUCUUUCUCCGUCCCAUGCCCCAAGUGCCCUUCUUCUUUCCCUUUGGGGUUGAAAUCCCAAAAGGCCUCAUUUCAAAGUGGGUUGCGCUUGAAGCCUUCUAUAUCAUUUGGAUCUUUGUCCGUUGAAUCUGUUGCAUCUAGGAUUCAAGCUGCUAAUGUUGAAAAUUCUAAUUCUGCCUCAAUAGUGGUCAAUGGCCCUAAGGUUGCUUCAUCAAAAGAAAAACAAGACCAGAAUGGAAAAGUAUCUGGUGGCACCAGCGCAAAUGAAUCUUCAAUUACUACAUUCAUGUCUCAAGUUUCAGACCUUGUAAAACUUGUGGAUUCAAGAGAUAUUGUGGAACUUCAACUUAAGCAAUCAAACUGUGAGCUCAUGAUAAGAAAAAAAGAAGCAUUGUUGCCUCCACCGGUUGUAGCCCCAGCAUCAUCACCUAUGCAAUAUGCCACAUUUCCUUCUCCACCAAUGCCUCCACUAGCAACUGCUUCUGCCCCUACUAGCUCUCUGACUCCAAAAGCAGCACCGAGCUUACCUACCCCCAAAAAAGCAAGCACAUUUUCUCACCCACCGAUAAAAAGUCCAAUGGCAGGAACGUUCUACAAAAGUCCAGCACCUGGUGAACCUCCAUUUGUCAAGGUGGGAGAUAAAGUGAAGAAAGGACAGGUUGUUUGCAUUAUUGAGGCUAUGAAACUGAUGAAUGAAAUUGAGGCUGAUCAGUCAGGAACAGUAGCUGAGAUACUAGCUGAGGAUGGGAAACCAGUUAGUGUAGACACGCCUCUUUUUGUAAUAGCUCCAUGAGUACCAAAAGGGACCUUACUUGGAAGUUGAUGGGAAAUCUCCCUAGUUGGACAACAUGAUUUUAUAUUUUUUGUUGUUAAGAAACCUUUGCCUUUUUAAGCCCUUACCCUUCCUCUUAUAUUAUUAAGAUAAUGUAGGCAUAAAAGCCCCAACAUAUCAAAAUGAAUAUCAAACAUUGUAAUUUAUGUAGUUUUGAUAUUUGCAAUAUUUAUGUUUUUGCAUUUA